CGCAACAGGGCUUUGACGUAUCAUUUGUUUACAAGAUAUCCAGUUCAAUAUUUUUGCAAUUUAAUGCAAUUUCCUGCAUAAUUUCCAGCGUUUAUUUAAUCCCAACAUGUCGUCUUUUCUCUGUUUUAUAUGCCACAGUACAGUGAACGAUGAUACCAAUGAAGAUGUGCGUGAAAAAUACAGAGAAGUCGUUGGUAUGAAUCUAUGCCCAGAUUCCCAUAUGUGCCACAUUUGCUGUCACGUCUUAAAUAGACUGUGGCUCUUCAGAUCUGUAUGUUUGAAACGAAGUUUAGAGUACCCUGUGUUGUUCAGCGAAAAAGGAACACUAAACCUCCAACGAAAUGACUUGGAAAUCCACACAGUAUGCUUUGAAGACUGCGAACAUUACAAAAACCGAAAUAUCAACUCAAAAUACUACCAUUUUAAGUACUUCGAUGACACAAGCGAUAGCAACGAGGAAUACCCUCCGUACCCAAACGAUUAUGUCAAAUUGGAGGAAGACAGGCGGGAGUUUGAAGAGUUUUUAGAUAAACCAAACUAUGAACAAGCUUUACCGAAUAAUAAAACACCGGAGUUCUCUCAAAAUUUCACCGAUGAGUUUACUGAAGAUGAGACAAACAAUGAUUAUGAAGAAAGCCAUUCUUUUGAAGAUGACAAUGCAAAUGAUGAACAAAGUCAUAAUAUAAAAGAAGAACAGAAAGAGAACUGUGAAAGAGAUGAAUACGUGCAACCAACGAUCAAGCUUGAAGAAAUAAGUGACGAAGAAACAGAAAUAAAGGAAACAAAAACAAAAAAACAUGAAAAGAAAAAAGGCAAGUCGAAGAAAGAAAAAGAACCGUACGUUAAGUUUAAGCUUAGUGUAUCAGAACAGAAAACAGAAUUGGAAAGAAGUAGGAAAGAAAAGAAGUAUAUAGAAGCUGAGUUUAAGUGUUACAAUUGUGCUUUAGGGUUCCUUUUUAAGGAUACGUAUCAGGCUCACAUGAUGAGGCAUGAAGAGUCAAAUGGUGAGCAUCGUUGCAACAUUUGUACGUUGCGUUUCGCGUCGCCCGCCGUCUUGCGAGCGCACACGUCGCUACACGCUGAGAGACACAAAUGUACCAAUUGCGGUGUGGUGGUGAGGCCGAGGCACCGAGCGAGCCACACUCGGGAGUGUCUACAACUGCCUACAGAAGGCGUGGCUUGCCAUCUCUGCGGAAAAGUGUUCAACGGUCCAAACGCUCUCCAGCAGCACUUGAAACGUUUCCACCGGUCCAAGAGUUCGGGUCGGACGUACGCUUGCACGGUCUGCGGGGAGCGAUACAACGACCAGGCCGCAGUGAGGACGCAUAUGAUGUGAGUAUAGCUCGCUCAAAGAAACUUGAGGCAUACUAUGGUCUGGUCCGUGAGCACGUAGAAUUUUGUCCAAUGAC